AUGAGCGCGGAGGUGGUGGACUCCAAUCCUUACAGUCGACUUAUGGCUCUAAAGAGAAUGGGAAUCGUGGAUGAUUAUGAGAAAAUCCGGACAUACACUGUUGCUGUGGUUGGAGUUGGAGGAGUUGGAAGUGUUACGGCAGAAAUGCUGACCAGAUGUGGUAUUGGUAAGCUCCUUCUUUUUGACUAUGACAAAGUAGAGUUGGCCAACAUGAACCGUUUAUUCUUCCAGCCACAUCAAGCUGGCCUCAGUAAAGUAGAGGCAGCAGAACACACUCUCAGAAAUAUUAAUCCAGAUGUAUCGUUUGAGACCUAUAACUACAACAUCACAACUAUGGAAAAUUUUACACAUUUUAUGGAUAGAAUUAGCCAUGGAGGAUUAGAAGAGGGAACGCCUGUUGAUUUGGUUUUGAGUUGUGUGGACAACUUUGAGGCAAGAAUGGCCAUAAAUACAGCUUGUAAUGAGCUUGGACAGACCUGGAUGGAGUCUGGGGUCAGUGAGAAUGCUGUAUCAGGACAUAUCCAGCUGAUUAUUCCUGGAGAGACGGCCUGCUUUGCUUGUGCGCCUCCUCUGGUGGUGGCAGCUAAUAUCGACGAGAAGACAUUAAAAAGGGAGGGAGUUUGUGCUGCCAGUUUACCAACCACAAUGGGCGUUGUCGCAGGCCUACUUGUGCAAAACGUCCUCAAAUUUCUAUUGAAGUUUGGCACUGUCAGUUAUUAUCUUGGCUACAAUGCUAUGCAGGACUUCUUCCCAUCCAUGACAAUGAAGGCGAAUCCUCAAUGUAAUGACCAUUACUGCAGGAAACAACAAGAUGAAUAUAAGAAAAUGGAAGCAGUGAGGCCCAAGGUUGAGGUUGUUGUGAAAGAAGAGGAGGUUGUCCAUGAGGAUAAUGACUGGGGCAUUGAGUUGGUGUCAGAAAUAGCGGAGGCUGAUCUGGAGGCUGCUACAGGUCCCAUGCCUGACCUCCCUGAAGGGAUCACUGUAGCUUACACACUUCCCGCUGAGGCACCUGCUGAUGGAGAAACCGUGGAUGUGGCCGAUCAGAGUCUAGAGGAACUCAUGGCAAAAAUGAGGAAUCUAUAA